AUGGUUGUACUCACAGCUGAAAGACUCGUCAAACUUGCGUACAAGUACCCAACGCUUCACAGCACUUGGUACAUAAUCGCCUCCACUGCAUUGGCGGUAGUGAACCAACCCCAGGAAAUUGGGAAAGUGCUCCAUUUUGCGUUGAGGCAACAACUCCUAGAAUCCCUGAAUCCACAAGACAAGCCUCUCUUGACCGAUCCUUACUUGUUGAAGCUUGCAGAAGACUCUAUCUCGUCUGCAGCGAAGUUCGAUGAAUUCACAGCGGUUGGUGUUAAUUUACCUGACAUCUUGAUUCCGUACACUUAUCAUGACAAAUUCCCGCUUCCUUACAAAUACUCAAGAACAGAGGAUAUCAACGCGGCUCAAAUCCAAGUCGCGGCAAGGAUAAGAGAAGCCCUUUUGAAAAUAGCCCCAAUCGCUGGAUUGCCGAAGUCCAUCAAUGCUUUGACGGCUUUACAUAAGGUUACCCCUACGGCCUUGAGGGCACCCAGCAAAGCCAUGAGACCAGCAACCAUUCAACCUGGCCACGUCAACUCGUCUUCAAUUGUGCAAGAGGAUGUAGCAGGGACUAGAUUUGAAGAUCAGCUGAUUGAUACCAGAGACACGAUCGACGGACCAAUUUGCAAGAAAUCAGUCAAUAGCAAGGAAAUUAGUGACAACUUCGUUCGUGGAUCUCUUUUCUGGGAAAAUAUCUACGGAAAAGUCAGCAAUCGGGUGAAGAACCAAAUGUUUAGCGCGUAUCCUGAUUUGUGGCAGUAUGCUAUUCACAAUGUCUACUCGCCGAUAUUGAGUUUCGAGGAUAUCAUACCCGCCAAGGAAACCUCAUUCUGUGUUGUAGCAGCAUUGAUACCGCAAGAUGUUCCACCCACACUUAAGGGCCAUGUCAGAGGAGCAGUCAAUUUAGGAGCAACAAAGGAGGAAUUAACAAGUAUCAGACUUCUCGUUUUUGACAUUUGCGACUGGAGUGGAAAUGUUACUUGGAAGGGUGGCAAGGAAAGCGUAUUCAAGCUUUAA